UUUUCAGAGUGAGAGAAGGUCAACAAAUAAAAUGGCAAGAACACGCAACAACAGAAAAAAUCAGAUUUGAUACACGUGAGUAAACAAAGUGGAAGAUGAAUCCACACAACGUCAAAAAAUGUGUCCAGGCUUUUUUGUGCUCCUUUCGCAUGUUCGUGGGGCUGCGCAAAUAGAAGCUCUAUAAAAAUGGCUGGAAGGCAAGUUGGAGAAGGCAUACGACGACCACCAUGACUCGAACACUUUCGACUUUUCUUCUUUUCUCCGUUCUUGUUUUCAAAGCAUAUUCUGAUUGCUACUUCGCAUUUCUUCAAGCAUCAGGAGCGUGCUCUUCCGAUUCCGACUGUGGAGGAGCGCCAUGUGUGAUGGAUGUGAAGGCGGGAAGCCAUGUCUGCUGCAAGCCAAAACCAGGAACAACUGCUCCUCAGUGCCCUGGUGGUAUGACGUAUUCCGGUAUCCCUGUUCUUUGUGACCCAGCAGAUGGAGAUGACGGUUGCCCAGCUGGAUCAACUUGCAGCACCAGUACAACUGAUUUUACCAAGGACUCUGCUUCCCCCAAUUCACUUUGUUGCAAAUCCUAAUCAAAUUGCAACAAGUCCGCAAGGUCACAUGUGAUUCAUCUUCUCUUCUGCACUAAACCUCACACAUGUACAUAACCAACUAUUUGAGAUUAUUUUUAAGGGAACGUAUAAUAAAUUAAAAUUUAUCG